AUGGCCUGCCUAGCGCGCCGAAUUGUAGCACUUCGCAAGCUUCUCCUCCUGCUGGCGUUCCGGGCCCAGCCCAUGCACCUCGUCAUCAACCCGCUAAAGAGCAGCAUCACUGGAUGGUCGCCGAGCGGACGCAGCAUACGGGACCUCUGGAACAGCGAGGGAGAGCUGCUGGCAGAGUUCAGCGCAAGCGUAUGGAAGAACUGCCCCAUCUUGGAAAGCGAGCAGACAUAUCCCUACCUGGGCAUUCCCAUCGACGCCAGCCUCAAGCUGCAACACCUGUUUGAGGAGCUGGAAGCCGCCAUCGAACAACGCUUUCAGGUCGUGUGUUGCUCCACCUCGACCCUAGAGGCAAAGAUACAACAUGUGGAAUCGUCCUUACUCGGGAUGUUGCGCUACAAGCUAGGUGUGCCAAUCUUACCGCUCAGCCAGGUCCUCAAACUACAGGAUGUGUUUCUGAAAGGCGUAGCGCGGAUGCUCAGGCUACGGUCCGGAGUGCCGCGGAACCUCCUAUGCAGCCCCGCGUCCCUUGGAGGCCUGGGAAUAAGAAGCCCUCUGUACACAUACAUAGAGAGGUGUACGGAUUUCUUACAAGGGUUGAUCAAUGACCCCAAUGACCCCUUGGCAACCGAGCUGCUCACCCUCCUAAGCAGAGACACGGCCAAGCCUCCAUACCUAACAAAUAUUUGUCAGAUACACCAGCAGCUCAACCUACGAUGGCAAAGAGUGAAGGCAACGAGCGAGGACGACGGCCCGACCGGCAAUCACCAGGGAAGUACAGCAGACGGAGAAGAGGGAGACACUCCAGAGGCCCAACAAGAGGGCCACCAGGACACGUUCGUUCUACCGCCAGACAACCCCCCUGCUGGAAAUGACGAGGGGAAGGCAACUGCGGCGGAUGCAGCCAGCAGCAUGCAAAACGCGAAGCACCUCAUCAGCUUCCCUAUGCACGAAAACAG